CCAUAGAAGAAGAAGAAGAAGCAGAAGAACAAGAAGAAAGAAACACGUGAGAUUAUCAGUGGUAGUUGAAAUUGAAGCAUAAUUAAUUAUUUGAUGGUUUAGUUUAAACAGAAAUGACUAAAAGCAAGAAGGAAAAGGGAGCGAUGGAGGCGGACGAGACCGCGAGGGCAACUGGGAGCGAGCGGACUUACCAGGAGCUAAUUGCUAACGUUAACCCGAUAGCACAGCCGCUAGCCUCCAGGAAGCUAAGCAAGAAACUCUACAAAUGUGUCAAAAAAGCUGCCAGAGUGAAAAACAUCCGGCGAGGAGUUAAAGAAGUCCAGAAGUUCAUUAACAAGGGCGAGAACGGCAUCGUGGUUUUGGCGGGAGACACGCUGCCCAUUGACGUCUACUGCCACCUGCCAAUCAUGUGCGAGGACAAAAACCUGCCGUACGCCUACGUCCCAUCCAAAGUGGAUUUGGGCUCGUCUGCAGGAUCCAAGAGGCCAACCUGCGUGAUCCUGAUCAAACCUCAUGCUGACUACCAGGAUGCCUACGACGAGUGUCUGGAUGAAGUAUCGGUCCUGCCCAAACCCCUCUGACGCUGCAGCCAGUCACGACUCUGCUCUGAGGCCACGCCCCAUUCUGUGGCUCUGAUAGGAAAUUGCCAGGACCAUUUCAGUUUAAAGUACUUCCUGUUUCUGUGACAACAAAAAGCUUUGAACUGAAGUCAAUGUUUUUGUUUUUUUUGUUUGUUUUUU